AUGGAAGCUCGUUGCAGAAGAUUUUUGAUAUAUGUGUCUCCGCUUACAAUCUUCUUCAUCCUGGUCAUGAUUCUUAUUGCUCUAGUCGGGGCAAAUAUAUCAGACACUAUAAUGGGUUCAAGAAAGUUGAAAGGACGGUGGUCUGACUAUGGUUGUCGAGAUUGCAUUGACAUAAAGGAGCAAGAUCACAUAAAAUCUGUUGCUGAAGCUGACCGUUAUCUAGACGAACUGGAUGUAAGCAUACUUGUUACAUACAGUGACCCUUAUGGUGCUGUCCGAAUUGGGAACGCAAAGUACCGGAACUUAUCUGCUUCCUGGGUCGUGAAAACUCCUAUUGAUGAAAACCAUGAUCAUACAAAAAGUUACCGGACACAAGAAGAUCCGUCUCAAGAUGAUAUGAGUUUUCAGGGAGGUGAUGAGGAUUCUACUGAUGAACAUCAAGCUGGUGGCAACAUGCCUCGCCCACGAAAUUCUUCAAUGCAUCCAGUGAAUCUAAAGCGCAAGAAGUUACGGCAGGAAAGGAGGGUCUGCCGAACUGCAGAGCUAAUCCUCCAAGACAAAGAAAUUGACAACCAGAUGCAAGUAGCUGCCAUUGACCGAGCUCAAGAGCGUGACACCAUUGUAAAGCGUAUAUACACUAUAUGGAGAGAAGAACAAGUAAAUUCAAAAUCUGAUUCUACCCUCACACUUAUGCACAAUCAGAUCAUAAUGGCAAGGGCAUAUGCUAGCAUUGCAAAAGCUAAGAAUGAUACUGUGCUAUAUGAUUCUCUGUUAGAACAUGCCAGAGAAAGUCGAUUUGCGAUAGGAGAAGGGAUUUCUGAUGCGGGACUUCAGCCAAGUGCGCUUGUUCGAGCAAAAGAAAUGGCUCACGUUCUGUGUAUGGCAAAGGAUCAAUUAUAUGACUGUAUUACUUUUGGAAGGAAGUUGAGGACCAUGCUUCAGUCAACAGAAGUGAAUCUAAAUGCGCUGAAGAAAAAGGGCGCAUUUUUGACACAGCUAGCUGUAAGGACGCUCCCUAGACCAUUGCAUUGCCUUCCUUUACUGCUCACGACACACUACUUCCAAUGGGGUUAUGAAAACAAGACAUUGCAUUGCAAAGAAAAAAUUGAAGAUCCUUCCCUGUACCACUAUGCCAUCAUUUCUGAUAACAUACUUGCAACAUCUGUUGUUGUGAAUUCAGCUGUGCUACAUGCAAAGAAGCCUGAGAAGCAUGUUUUCCACAUUGUAACAGAUAGCUUGAACUUUGCAGCAAUGAAGAUGUGGUUUCUUUCCAACCCUCCUGCAAGUGCAGCAAUCCACGUUGAGAACCUAGAUGAUUUUACAUGGCUCAACUCAUCUAACUGUCCUGUUCUACGUCAGCUUGAAUCUGCCCGACUGAAAGAAUAUUAUUUUAAUGGGCGUCAACCAUCUUCCCUCGCUGAAGAGUCUGACAAUUUCAACUACAGGAACCCAAAAUAUUUGUCCAUGCUAAAUCAUCUUAGGUUCUAUCUUCCUCAAAUAUUCCCAAAGCUGGAUAAGAUCCUGUUUCUGGAUGAUGAUAUUGUAGUUCAGAAGGACCUGGCACCUCUUUGGUCUGUUAAUCUGCGAGGGAUGGUGAAUGGUGCAGUGGAGACCUGCAAGGGGACCUUAAAAAUAUUUUCGACGUAUCUGAAUUUCUCUGAUCCGAGGAUCUCCAAAAAUUUUGAUCCAAAUGCUUGUGGUUGGGCAUUUGGCAUGAAUAUUUUGGAUUUAAAGGAGUGGAGGAAGCAGGACAUUACUGGAAUAUAUCAUCGGUGGCAAGACAUGAAUGAGUACAGAACUCUUUGGAAACUUGGCACGUUACCGGUGGGACUGUUAGCUUUCUACAACCUGACCUAUCCGCUGGAUCGGAGCUGGCAUCUGCUGAAACUUGGCUAUGAACGAGACCUUAGUGAAGAACAGAUAAAGAAAGCGGCUGUGAUCCACUAUAACGGAAACUACAAGCCGUGGUUGGAGUUUGCUAUCACCAAGUACAAAUCAUAUUGGUCUAGAUUUGUGAUGGUUGACAACACGUAUCUUCAGCUAUGCAACAUUAUGAAGUAG